AUGGCUAAACCCUCUGCAUCAAAAGAAGACAAACCUGCUCCUCCUAAAAGACCUUUGUCAAGCUUUUUCCUUUUCAAAUAAGAUAACUAUGAAAAAUUUAAAAAAGCUAACCCUAACUCUAAAAUUACUGAAUUAACCUCUAUGAUUGCUGAUUAAUGGAAAGUUGCUACUGAAAAAGAAAAUAAAGAUAUGAGAAGUUAUAGGCUGAAGCUAAAGCUAAAUACGAAAAGGAAUUAGCUGCUUAUGAAAGAUAUAUAAUUAUGA